AUGGAACUGAUCGAGAUUCAAAAUGAUUCAAAUUUAAAAAAUAAAUUCAAUGAGGUUGGUGUUCCUGAUUUUUACAAAUUUGUGCCAAUACAAUAUGUGGAAACUCGUAGAUUUGCUAGUAAAAUUAUAUCUAUGUUUAGUAGUACUUAUCAAUGCGAGCAACUUUUUUCAUUAAUGAACAGUAAUAAAUCACCCGUUAGAUCCAGAUUAACCGACACACAUUUAAAUGCAGUGUUAAAAGUCGCUUCGUCAAAUAAUAUUUCUCCCGAAAUUGAAAAGUUGGUGGGAGAAAAGAGAUGUCAAAUAUCGUCUAAAAAGAAUUAUUAAUAGGUUUUUUUUGUAAUUUAUACAACACCUAUUUAUUUUCAUGAAUAAUUAGUAUGAUUUAUAUUUUAUUUAAAUGUUAAUGUUCAUUUCUUUUUUAAUUUUUUAAUUUAGUUGUAAUUGCUGUACUCGUAAACAUAAAGAAUAAAAUUGAAAAUUUGUACAAAAUAUUUAUUUUUUCGCUAAAUUUUUAUGUGCGGCCCAAAUAGUAAACUUUUCAAUAUAUUUGGCCCACCUGAUACUUUGAGUUUGACAUGCCUGGUAUAAACCGUUGCUUGACGAAAGACGGUUCCGAGCGUAGAUCGGUAAUACAUAAUUUGAAUUGCCGUGAUUAUCGACCUCUUUAAAGUAACUCGACUUAAAACAACUCGAGCUUUCAGAAAAAGUGCUACACGCAAAUUUCAAUGUUUUUAAUGUGAAAUAAUAUUAAUUUAAGAGUCGAUCAUCGGCCACGGAUCGCAAAUCCCAAAAUUAACACGCCAGAAACAAUAUAAGCCCUUCCCCCAAAUAUUCCAAGAAUAAAUAUCAUAUAGGUGUUGUUAUAUCGUUUUUAGUAUUUAAUACGCUCUAAAUAAUUUUUUUUUUAACUUCAACUUAUAAAGGUAAAUUUAGCAUUCAUCUAUACGGACAGACAUUAAUUACAACUUUUUGGAUAUGCCUGAUUUAUUUAGAUUCGAAAAAAAAAAUGUAUAAAAAGUCGUUUAUUAAAACGUGUAUAUAGAAUCAUUAGUUUUGCCCACUUGUUUGUUUGAGUGUAGUUUUUAGGCCAUGCGUCGUAUUAAAACUUGGACGAGGACUACUGCGGGUCAAAACAGAUUAACUGAUUUAGCCGCAAUAUAGAAAAUUAAAUUAAAAUAAAAGUUGUUUUGAAGAAGUUUUCAAAAAAAAAAAAAUAAAAAUAAUAAUGUAGACUUGUACCGCUGACAGUUAUUUAACUAAAAAUAUACAGCAUUAGUUCAUUUUUAAUACACCGACAAAAACGUCAUCCUUUUUAAAUUUUAAAUUUAAUUUAAUCCGCAUUAGUAAACGUUACAUUUCAACGACAGUUUUAUUUCUACGAAUGUUGUUAUUAUACUAUUAGUUUUAAAGAUACGGUAGGGUAUUUGCGAUCUGGAUGGUGAUAUGGUGAUGUGGAGUGUGACGAGUAAAUUUUGGAACGACUUGAGCACCCCGAGAGUUUUAAACGGAUUCGUGCCUGUGAUCUUUACGUUGUUAUUCCGGUACUUACCGACACAAUCGAAAGCACCAAUGUUUUAGAUUCUGAGUGGAGCGAAGAAGUUUAUGAUGUUACAAAGAUGUUUUUUUCUGUGGAUGACUUUUCUGCCAGUAGACUGGCUCCGAUUUUAAAGGUAGACAUUAAAUUACCUAUAACAGUGGCUGCAGCCGUGCCCAUAAUCCUAGGAGGUAUUUUUACAAUUAGAUCCGUUAUUAUCGUUCGUUUUUUUUUCUUUUUUAUUCCGGUAUGACGGAUAAACAUCGAAAGGAAAAAUUCCAUGAGAUUUUCAAACGACAAUAAUUAUAGGUAAUCUUUAUACAUAUUACCUAAACUUUUUGUUUCGUCGUUAAUUUGACAGCUGAAGUGUUCUGUGUCCUCGGGAAAAAUGUUUUCGUCGUUUUAGUUACAUAAAAAAUGCAGAUGACCAUAAUAUAAUAUAAUUUCGAGUCAUUUGGAUUGCGUCGUUUUAAAAACUUUUCUUAUUAUGAAACGGACACUGACACAUAUUAUGGUCGUAAUUUUGGCCGAUCUCCAGUUGCGUAUUAUACUAUUUUUUGUUUCGUUACAAAUGCGAUUUAGCAAAAACUUUUUUGUUUAACGAUUCGAAAAGACAUUUAACAUUGUUAUAAUCACCUAAAAAAAAAAAAAACGAUUCCCGCUAUUGGAAUAAUAUACACAUUCCCAUUUCCAGUGAUUCGAGACAAUUUUUUCCCCGGGUCAUAAACAUUAUUCUGACAGUGUAAACUAAGUAUUUUAUAUUACACGUAUUUUAAUAAUAAUGUAUAAUUUAAACUCGUUUUUCCUUUAAAAAAUCUCAAAGAUUUAUGGUGCGCGUAUAGUAUUAUUUAUUGCGCAUCUGCAUUUGGAACAUUCAAACAAGUUUAUAAAUACAAACUUUUUAUCAAUAAUUACAAAUUACGAUGAACCUAAUUUCCAAACAUAUUUACUUAGCCAAACAAAUUGUAUCCUCGUAUAACCGAAUAAGAGUAUAAAAAAUAAUUCGAAAAUUUCAAAUAGGCUAUGAAUGGCUCAAAAAUUGUGACAAUCGUUCCAUCAAUUUUAUCAUCGUCUAGUAUAGGCCAAUAUAAAUACCCGGUGAAAACGAAUGAUCUCUCAAAUUAUUUUCAAUUAUAUUGCAAUACGAAUAACCCAAAAUCGAAACGUUCCCGUUUCCCGAUUUUCCCGAUUGUUAAGAAUACGCUAUACAAAGAAACAUACAGAAAUACGUCCCCGACGCACUGAAUAGACGAAAUUUCCAGCCAGAAAUCUACGCCCAUAUAUUCAGCGGUCGGAGUAAGAUUGCUGAGGAAAAAAGUUGUUCACGUAGGAAAAAACAAACACACACACACCCACACACACACACACACACACACGUCAUUUUUUUAAAACCAAUACGGCGCUCCUCGCCACGACCUACGUUCCGAAUCUAAAAAAAAAAACAUAAUAAUUUACCGCUGUGCCGCGAUGUGUUAGCAAUAAAAAUAUUAUUUUUUAUUUUCUACCCAAGAAUGAUAAUCUCGAAUAUUGUUAAACGUAUACAAUAAUAAUUAAUAAUAAUUUAUUUAACGUGCGCGCACGGCACGUAAACGACACGAAUAACUCACAAUAACGAACCGUAUAUUUUACACGGACAGUCCACGGCAGAGCGUUUGUCGACUUGUUUUUUUUUUUUUUUCUACCGAAUCGGUGUCUGCUUAUUAUUUUUGGAAAUUAUCAUAAUAUUAAACGCGUCCGUAUGACGACGAACGGUCUUGUGUUCGUCGGUAAAAGCAAAACGCCGUACGACAUUAUCGAUUAAAAUUUUUAAAAGAAACUUUCUUUUUUUUCAAUUCGUUGCCCGUAUAACUGCCGGUAUGGUUUGGUUUUUAUUUAUUUAUUUUUGACAUUAGUAAAAGAAAUUACAAUUAGAUUAAUUCGAAACAAUCUCGGUGACCUUGCUUCGAGUAUAAUACACAUAAUAUGGCUCUCUCCGUAAAGGUGUGUAUUAUCUCACGAAUCGAACGAAAAUUAAUAAAAAAAAAAAAAAAAACUCUGUUUAACUGACACACGCAUAAAUAAUAAAUACAUAUUUGAGAGUAAAAAUGUAUAUUACGAGAAACAAGUUAGGAAAGCCCGUUCUUCGAUCGUGUAAAGUUUCCGGUUUCUAAGCGAUUUAACAUAAUAAACUAAAAUAUUCCGCAAACAAUUUUUAAAGGAAUUAAUUAACCAAGUGCAUUAAGAUUACGUUUAGAAAUCUAAAAAAGUUGAAAAUCUGAAUUUGUAACUAGUCGACGAGACAUUUCAAAAAAUAAUUUUUCUGAUAUAUCUGAUACAUAUUUUUAGAUUCUGAGAACAAAGAGGAAUGCAUUGGUUCUACUAUGACGUGUGUUUUUCGAAUAUGAGCGGAACGACUGGACUAGAAAUUUAUUCGUUUCACUAUGAUGUAUGCGAUUCUUUUUAUGUCUGUGAGAAACUGUUUGCUAGAUUGAUUUCGAUAAAAUUUGAGAAAUGUACUAGUACAGUAAGCAUAUUGUACGUAUGUUAAAAUAUUGUUCGACUUAAUGAAUAUCGGGAAAAAAUUAUAAAAAAAUUCAACAAAACUUUGACGUUAUGUAAAACGAUUCAAAUUAAAAUACGAGUGAUUGAGUGGGGCUACAAUAGCUCCCACAGUUCAAUUGCAAACUACGCCCUUGGUCACAGGCUUUGUUUUUCGUGCAUCCAAUCACAUUGGAAAGGUCUUUAACAAUAGUGUACGAGUUUUUGUGGGACAUUUUUCAAACGGAUGCAUUUUCGCAUUUCGCAAGUUCUUAAAUCGAUCAUGCUCUUCCUCUAUAAUUACUCAAUCGCGUGGUUGACGAUUCUGAAAAAUUCAAGAUAGUGGCCCUUAAUGAACACUUCCAAAUGAAGAUUCUUUCGAACGAAAUACGUUAAACUUGUUAUGUUAAUAUUAAGUGAAAUAUGUCAAAUAAAUAAACAUACAUCAUACUAUUAUUAUAGACCUCUAAAUUGAUGCGUGUAUGCUCGUGGCCGGUUUUUACAUAUUAUUAUUGUAUACAGAGAUUUAAUUCGGUUAAAUAUAGACGAGAAUGUUUAAAACGGGAUGUUAGAUAUGACACGGGUUUAAGAAAGGUUCUUAUUAGUUUCUAUUUAUAAAAUAUUGAUAGAACCUAACAUAUAUUUUCGAUAAUUUCGAUAAUAUUAUUUUUUAAAUCCUUUUGAUGUACAUUCGACUGUUCGAGAUAAUAAUUUAUAUAUAUAUAUAGAUUUUUUUUUUUUUUAAAUAAACAGUAUGGGGUUCUUCAAAUACAAAACCAAUGUAAACGCCGUCGGUUUGAACACCUCCUUUAAUAUUUUCAAGUCGGUAAUCACGAAUAUAUUAUAUUAUAGCAUAUAUUAUCAAAAUAAAUAUGUAUGUAUACUAAACUUAAUUUCUAAAAAAAAUAAAAAACCUUGACAGAUAUUAGGUGUUAGAGUAUUUUUAGGAUACACGUUCAUGAACGGGUAAAAAAAAUAAAAACGUUAUAACUCAUUCACGUGUUUCUUACGAAUCCACGUUUUCGGUGUUUCCAUCCAGUCUUUAUUACAGUGAACCGUUAUUGCCGGGUAACUUGCUUUUUUAAAAAGGCGCUUCCUUACCCGUAUCCCGUAUUGACAAACAAAUCAACCGGUUUUUUCCAUUAAUUUGUGUCAACAAGGUAACCCCGAAAUCAACAAAAAAAAAAAAAUAAAUACAUUUUCGGUUUAAAAAUACCAAAACUGUGUGAGCCACCUAUUACGGGUUUAGUUUUGGACACGUUUAUUCAAUUCUGCUGUAUGUAAAUGUUCAGAUCUAUCAUAGAUUCGUCUAUACACCUUACACAAAUAGACAUACAGAAAGACACUUUUUUUUUUACUAAUACAUUAGGUAUUACUUGUUGCAAUACGGUCGAAUUGCAAAAAAAAAAAAAUAAAACAUCAAUAAUUCAACAACGGACUUUUCAUUUUUCAUACUAAAUGGUACGGUGGAAAAAUAUUCGAUAGACUGCCUGGAUUGGACUGCUACAUGAUUGGAGCGUAUAAAGAUCAUACACGAGCUGAUGGUUCCUGCAGCCGGGAAUUUCAACUUUCGGAUUUUCGAAAUCGGUCGCGAUUAUAUUGUUUUAUCGACCUCCGCUAUCGAAUAUUGUAUUUUACUCGAAUUUCACUCGAUUUACAAAGAUGAAAUUCUAAACGGUUAUACUUACAGCCUAUAUUUCGCCUACUUAUGAAUUAUUUUACCCCCGUGACCGCCCGCCAACGUUCCAUAACCCGGUGAUAUAUAAUUACAUUUUUUAUUUUUUUACGCUUAUUUAUAUAUCGUUAUUAGGCACAGAGAGUAUGAUUUUUUUCCCAUUUGUUUUUAUUUUUAUUAUUAUUAUUAUUAUUUUUUUUUAUCACUAAUGGAAGUAUCCUAGUAGGUAUACUAAUUCCUAUACGUAUGCACAUAGACGCGUACCUACAUUAUAUAAAUGAUAUAUAAUUAUUUUUUUUUCUAAGUACGUUUUUGAAGAUUAAAAACGUUACACGGGUGUGUGGACGAUGGAAAAACUUUCACCAGGAUAUGAUUAAAAAAACAAAAUUACCAAAAAAAUUGUAUUAUUACUGCUCUACUAUAAUAAUUAUUAUUAUUCGUGUAAUAUCCCUGCUUUAGAUUCAUAAUGUUCUUUAAAAUAUAUGAUUUUGGAAUUAAAGUACGAAAAUAUUUUAGAUUCGCGUAUUAAAUUCGGUAUAGCUUAUACAGUGUAUACACAAUUCAUACAUAAUGACAACAUUGUAAUUAUAUUGAAACGCAUUCUAUUGAAAAUUGUAUUAUUUGGAUACGAAAAUGAAGGGAAAAUGUUUCUUUAACGAAUAUACAUUUCUCCAAUAAAAAAUUAUCGUUCAAUUGGAACACAAUUGACGAUACGUAAAUAUAUCAUAGCGCAUGACACUUACGAGAAAACUAAUGAAAUAUUUUAAAAAAUAUGAUUUUUUGUCAUAUUAUAUAAUUGAAUAAUUGAUUGUUAGUGGUGAAAAAUAACCUUUUUUAUUUUUGUAUUAUUAUAACUAUUUAAAUCAUAAGGGAAUGACAGGAAGAAGAAUUGAACCAAAAACAAAAAAAAACACACACUAUUUCCAGUUUUCCAUGUAUUAUUCUCUCUGUUUAUCUUGACGCGAUAAUCAUAUUUUAUUUUUUUUCGACUUUUAUGCAUAAUAUAUUAUUAUAUACAGAAAACAAAACAAAAUAAUACUCACUACGCGCGGCGGCUUAACACCGCGGCACAAUAAUAAUAUUGUUCUCGUAUCACGUGAAAACAUCGUAUCAAAUGCAAUCAAAAGGAGAGCAUUAUCACGUUUUGAUAUUUAUUAUAUUAUAUGUACGUCCGAACAAAGGUCGGUAAACGAUUGAACAUAGGUACUUUUUCACGCUUUUUUUUAAGUUCGUCUGUACGAAAGAACAAACUAUGAAAUAACACAUUAAAUAUGUAAUUAAAAAAAAAAUAAAAAAAAACAACAACAACAUACAAACAUACAAGACUAUCGUUAUUUUAUUCGCAUUUACUAAUUACGCCAAUAGAUUUUAUAGAAAUCAGAGGUUCCCACGAUCUGCACGAGGACAAUUUCAUCGAAAAAAAUUAAAAUUGAGGGUGCAUGAGGUGUACGGGUAAUAAAUAAUAUCAGGGGGCGGGGUGUACGAAAAACAAAACAAAUUAGCGAGUGAUGUACGAGGGAAAAAGUUUGAAAACAUCUGGUCUCAACGAAUACAGGCUAAAAUCGACCAGAAAUUUAUAAAACGCAUGGACGUGACAUAUUAUUAUGUAUAUUAUGACUGAAUUACACAUAUUGUAGGCAUACCUAUUUAUCAGAUUCCAUAACUAUAACUGUCAAUUUAUGAUGAGAAUAUUCGCUGUUUUUAUUUGAUAGUAAUAAUGUGUAAUCACGUACGUUUCCGUACGGUCGUCGUAAUAUUAUAUUUCUUUUAAUAUUUUUAUUUUUUUUUUUUUUUGAAUUUACAGAUCGAAAUAAUACACUCGCCGAAAUAAAAAUGAAAUUCAUCGUUGUCGCCGUCUGCACGCUCCUAUUGUCCUCGACAAUUAUCUCCGCCGCACCGUCUUACAUGGACUACGAGAGUGAGUGUUAUUUUUUUUUUGAAUAAUGCAUUAGAUUAUUUUUAUUGCCAUUUAAGAUUUAAGUGCGAAGUUUUUAUUAAUUUUUUUUAUAUAUUUUAGUACUCUUAUAAGACAACGGUACAAUUCAAUUACGCGUCGUUAUAAUUUAAUCGCUAUUUACAGAAUGGGCACAUGCCCAAGUAUUGAAAAUGUUCAAGAAAUGUACUUUAAUAUCUUUGAUAAAACUGAAAAACAACUUUCAUGUUUGUGUUGUGUUGUGAAAUAUUAUCUGUAACCAUUCUACAGUCGUUUUUAUGAAAUAUUAUCUGUAACCAUUCUACAGUCGUUUUUAUGAAAUAUUAUACAGCUCUAGGUUCUUGAGGAAUUGCAUUGUCUUUUUUCCUAGAAAAAUUUUAACAUUUGCUCUUUCUGCAUUCAGCUACUACCAAAUUCAACUUGUAUUUACUUCGAAACUUUAAUGGUAUAUUUUUCGUUCUUUUCCCGCUUUUAGAGUAUUUUUAGAGUAUUGUUUUAGGCCGCUAUAUAUAUUUCUAGAGUAUAUUUAUCAUACACUGCGGACAUUUUCGUUGUACAUUAAUAGGUAUUUCAAAAUAUUGUCUCUAGAAGUUUUAAAAGCAAAAGACAUUUUUUGGGGGCAUUUAUAUCCGGGCCGUAAUAAUAAUAACAAUAACCGGGUAAGUGCAUUUCAUUUUUGAGCUUUUGUACAAUUAUACUAUAUAUUAGUUUAUAAUAUAUUAUCGGUGGGGCACGGGCGAGGGAGAGAGUCUGGGGUUCAAGCACCCAAGAAAUUUGUUUUGUAAUAGCAAUAAUUAAUACAAAUAUAAAAAAAUUACCAACAACAACAAUGAUCUAUUAGUUAUUAAUUUUUUCAGAAACCCUUCCUCCCUUAAACAUGAAUUAUUUUCCAAAUACGCCUCUGGAUAUUAUUAUAAUACGCACUUUUAAAAAAAUAUCUCAACCGAAAUAUCACGUCCGUACGGUUAUAAUAUUUAAAUUGUAUUUACGAACAUUCGUAACAAUGCGCGCAAAACAUAAUAAAACCCUUUUGGUCGUAGGUAUACAUAGGGUAAGUUUUCAAUUUUACGGAUUUAAAUAAUAAUAAAAUAAAAAUAAAAAAUAACGUUUGAACGGCCAAUGAAAUGUGUAGGUAUAAUGUGCUGUUUGUUGUGUGCGCAGUAUUUGUCAUCCCGCCUCAAAAAAAAGGAAAACGAGAACAAAAGCUCGGUGGCGGUGGGGGGAGGAAAUAAAAACGCAAAUAUAUAAAUGUAAUAUUUAACGAAAUCAACUCGUGUUAAAUAAUUUAUUUUUAUGUUUGUACAAUGCAGAGUGAUCUGCAUAAUUAAUGUUACAUCAAAUUUUCCAAAUAAGAACACAAAUUAGAGAAAAAUGUAUGAUGAAAAAAUUGUACCGAAUAGUACGAUGUAAAAUUAUAUUACGGCCUAAAAUGUUUAGACGACCAUUCGGGUGGUGAUUUGAGAUCAAUUUUUAAACUUGAAAACGAGAACCUUUAUUUUUGUUAAGGUGUUUUUUUUUUUUUUUUUUUUAAAAACUUAUUUAAAUGCAAUACUUUUUGCCCGACAGCGGAUUGUAAUUUUUAUCGCAUAUUUAUACGAGAAAUCUGUUGAUAUAAUGUACAAUACUCUAAUCGUUAUGUAAACAUAGUUUUUCGUUGAUUUUAUAGGUGGGUAUACUAAAAGUACGGUACAAUAUUAAUAAUGUUUCGUCGCGGUCUGUUAAAAUUUCAGAGCGAAUAUUAUGAAAUAUUUUAUUAUAAUUAAUAACACGCGUGGAUGUAUUAAAAUUUAAGACAAUAAUUUAUAAAACGAAAAUAAUACCUAACUAUAUAAUAUUAUUACGUGUUAAUUUAUAAUGUUCGCAAUACGAUUUUAUACAACUAGAGCAGAGACCGUUGUCGGAUGUUAACCGCAACAGCAUAUGUUAUUUAUUUAACUUAACUUGCAAAAAAAAAAAAAAAAGAUAAAUGUUCACUAAAAUUAGUAUCGAAUUAAGUACAAAUUUACCUAACGGCGCGACGAUUUGUUAAAUUUAAAUAUUAUUUUGUGAAUUUUCGAGGGACGUCGUAGAGUAAUGCACCGUCUGCUUAUACCGAUAGAAGUUGAGUUUCGCAAAAUGCUUUCUUUUCGUACAGAAUGCUGCAUAACAUAACUCAUACAGUGUAAAUGUAAGUCGACGACGAAAUGCACAAAAAGAAAAUCCACAAAAAAUAUUUUAAUCUUUAUAAUUACAUACAAUUUAAUUUCAAAGAGUUCGGAAUUGAUGAGUAUUCCCUUAUAAUUUUUUUUUUUUUUAGUCCGGUCGAUGUAUAGCAAAACGAUACCAGUUCUAAAAACAGACCUGAUAUAAAUAUCAUGCUAAAGCGUGAAGUGUAGGUGACUAGAUCGGUGACUAACAUUGAUUACUCAAUGUUACUUACGAUAACAUUCGGUCAGGCCAAAUGUUCGAAUUAAAAAAAUAUUGAAUUUAAAAAUUCGGCAGUUCGUAUAAAAAAGAAAGCUAAAACUAAUUCGAUUUCAAAAAGUGGCAAUAUCGUUCUCGUGUUCUCAUGUUUAAUACAAGUCCCAUUUCGAAUCCGAAAGUGUCGGUAUAAUAUUUGGACAGUGUUUGUGCAAAAGGGCGUGAGUCAAAAAUGUUUUGUACGAAGAACAAUUUUGACUUUUCCUCUUAUUUCACAAACAAAAUUCAGUUAUCACGACUCGUGACACAACAUACAUUUCAAUGACUUGAUAAUGAUUCCGAAUCCGUUCAAACCAGUGGUACCAGCUGACGCGGCACAACAUUUCGUAUAAAAUUAACAUAGUGAUAUUUAAGGUCUUCAAAUAUAACACCGACGCCGACGAAUAAUCGUUUCGAAAUACGUUUACGAAUCAAAUAAAAUAUACGAAAAAUAACUUUUUCGUUUGUGGGGGAGGGGGGUGGGCGAGAAAAUAGAAGAUAAAAUAAGAUAUUUCUCCUUUGUGUUAUUUUAUUAUUACUAUUUGCGGUUAUAUAUCGUCGGUGCCGAUAAAAUAAAUAAAUAGGUACCUAUAUUUUUUCUACGCGUCGACCAUCGCGGUUCUAUAAAAUAAUCUACGUUAUAAAUUUGAAGUUUUGGCUUUAAUAACCUUUAACUCGUAUUAUUAUGAUAUACGAGUCGCGUAUAUAGAUCAAGAUUUUUUCCCGUCCGUAUAAUAUAGUUUUAUGUUAUAUUUUUAAAAUAAAUAACCCGGAGAGUUUAAUAUUCGCAAUUCAAUACGAUUUUUAGUAUUUUUUUAUUCGUUUUCCGUUGACCUCGACAACCACAUCCCUCCCCCGUCCCCCGAGAAUGUGAAAACAUAAUAUUACUCUCCGAAUGGAAAAAUAUUAUUGCCCGUGAAUACAUCACAGUAUUAUAUUUAGUAGUUGAUUAAAAAAAAAAAAACGCACGACACACAAUAUUUCUAUAAUAAUAUGGCAAUUGAUUACAGUAUGUUAUAUAGCAUAUAGUGCAGUAUCAAUGGAACUCAUUUAUUGCAUUUGUUACCAGUUACGGGUUACGCGUUUUUAAAAAUAAAAAAAAAAAAUGGCCUAAUAUAACGAGAAUCGUCGUAAAAACACGAGUAUUGACUCGGUAUUGAUAUUUCGUAAAUAAUAAUAUCGAUGAUUAUCGUGAAUCCGUAGCUAACUAGAUAGAUAUAAAACCGUAUUGCGUAGGCAAACGGGCAAGCAGUAGAAUAUUAUGCUUGUUACAACUAAUAAAUAUUGACCGUUAGUAGAAAAAUUAACAUAGAAAAAAUUAUUAUCAAAUCGUAAAUAUCACGGCAUUUCAAAGCAUCUGUAACCGAACUCCGCUCAGAAUCGUUUUUCGUUUGCGACGGUUAACCAUACAGUAUACCUAUAAAUCGUAAUGCCCACACGUGUUGCGAUUUCGUUCCCGAAACGGAUCGAAAUUCGCGUUGAAAUGCCCGAACGUACAUUGUAACCAAUUUAAACGCGGCCCUUUCUCGGUCUUUUUUAGCCGAGAAACGCAACGAAAACCGGUGCGGUCCCGACGUUCGUUUCACCGGGUCCGAUCCCCGGUGCCGGCGCCUUGAUUCCCCCCCCCCCGCGGGGACCUUUGGAAAAACCAAGUGCCCGACCCGAGUGCGUCGAACGCAUUGUUGUACGCCGCGUCACACGGUCGACUCAACUGCACGCGUACGCGAACAGCUAAAACACAAUAUGUCAUUGUAGUGUUGUAUUUUCGUCAGAUAAAACCCGAAAACGAAAACUCCAUUUCGACGACGACCCGAUUAUAUUAUUAUUAUUAUUUUCUCUCGGACGCGUAUUUGUACACGCGUAUUGCAACGAUAAUACGGGCGGACGCGAAAUCGCACAAAGGUUCGCCGUUUGCGAAAUAAUCGCGUGAUGCUGGCAAACAAAUAGACGACGACGGCGGCGGCGUUCGUAUACGAGACCGAAUUAAUUUAAAUCACCGGCACCGGUAAGCUGUUGUCGUUGUCGCCGAAAUACCUGUAAAACGGCGGCGGCGGCCGUCUCGCAUUGUUGACUGUUUUGCUCGUACCUACCCGUAUUACACUUUUGUCGUUUCUUCUGUUUUAUUUCUCGCGCGUCUGGUUCGCCCAUGACCUGAAUAUUUCCGCUCGGCGGCGCGCGUUCGGCAUUACGUACUAUUAUUAUUGCCUACGUAUGUUACCGUUGAAAAAUAUCAUAUCGUAACGUUGUAUUGUUAUCGGGUGGCGAUUUUUCUGGCGAACGCGCGGGACACCGGGAGGAUCGUCCGGGUGUUGUGCUCGGUGUACAAAACGCAGGUAAUAGCAUACAUUCCGCUUCCGUUUGAAAAUACAAACGGUUUAGUACACCAUAUGGGUAUACUGUACAGUGUACACAUGCACACAUAUGGAAGGGCUAAUGAUAAUUUUUUUGAAAAAAUCGGUCACAAAAAAAAAAAAAACUGUUUAAGAUUUUGUAUAAAUUGAAAACUACACAAACAUUUAUUUUUAGUAAAAUACACGGAGCUUAUACUAAUCCUAUAACAACUGUACGUAUACAUUUUCGGGGUAUGAUGUAGUCAUUUGUUGUAUUGUACUCUGGUCGAAUUCUGUUGAUAUAAUGUAAUAACAAGUAGUCCAUAUUGUGGUGUUAUUUUUUCCCUACCGAAUACCAUAUCAAAGAAUUUUAUAUUUUUUUUUUUUUUUUUUUUUUUUUUUUUUUGUUUUUUAUAUUAUAAUAAUAUAUAGAACUUUAUUUCACUAUCGUGCGUUAUUUUUCCNAACAACUGUACGUAUACAUUUUCGGGGUAUGAUGUAGUCAUUUGUUGUAUUGUACUCUGGUCGAAUUCUGUUGAUAUGAUAUAAUGUAAUGACAAGUAGUCCAUAUUGUGGUGUACAAGUAGUCCAUAUUGUGGUGUUAUUUUUUCCCUACCGAAUACCAUAUCAAAGAAUUUUCGAAUACCAUAUCAAAGAAUUUUAUAUAUAUUUUGUUUUUUUUUUUUUUUGUUUUUUAUAUUAUAAUAAUAUAUAGAACUUUAUUUCACUAUCGUGCGUUAUUUUUUCUAACAUUUAUCAAAAAGUUUUUAAAAAAAAAUUUUUUUUUUCAAAAAUAAAAAGUCAAAACUACCUCCAAAUCAAUAUCGUUUUUAUUACCUAGAAAAAAUAUCUAUUUACGCACUUACGUACUAACGUCAUAUCAUUAUUAUUAUUACAUAUUUAUGUAUUAUUUCAGAUGCCAAAGAGCUGUACGAACUUCUUUUGCAAAGGGACCUAAUAGAUUCCAUGGGGAAUUCUUUGAUCGAUCCGAACCAACAUCGCAUGGUUCGUAAAAACCAGAGGUCUCCGUCACUGAGGUUAAGGUUCGGCCGCCGAAGUGAUCCGGCACUCUAUCAGGUGAGCACGUAGAGUCUACUAAUUUUCGGGCAAUUGUUUUCGGGAAUAUUGAAUCUAGUCCCGAAUAAUAAUAUUAAAACAAACAACUAUGGGUUUUUUUUUUUGAGUUUAUUCUAUUUAGCACAUCAACGUUACAACGCACAAAACAUAACUAUGAGAUUGUGAGUUAUUCCAUAGUCUUCCAAAAUAAAUGCGUUGGCUCAUUAAUUGUGUUAAAUUUUGUUUUUUAAUCGUUUUCCGAAAUUAAUUAAUAUUAUUAUUAUUAUGAAGUUAGUUGAGGCAAUUUUAAUGAUACCUAUUUGGAAAUAUUUGUUUAUUUGUAUAUCUGGUCACACGCAAACAUUUUUAUUUGAUUUGGUUUUUGUACCUUUUCACCUUGGAACAAGGCUUUGCUUCAUAUUCUAUAUUAUCUACAGUCUCAAUUCAAACAUUUUAUAAAAAAUACGCCGGACGUAAAUCGAUAUGUAAAAUUAAUCUGAGAUUCAAAACUCAAUAAUAUGUAGCCAUUAUAUUUUUAAUCAACAAGUCUUUACGGAUUGUUAUUUAACGACAUUCGACGAAUAUCUGCCGCAUAAUGAUUCGCCAUUUUGAUUAUAACUUACUUGUUUACUUCAGUAUAAGCAUGGAAUCAUAUUUUAUUAACACGGGUGUAGGUAUACUCUAAAGUCUAAACCAAAGUUUUUUUUUUACACUAUAUUCUAUGCGAUAACAGCGGUAGCUGGUACAUCUGAGUAGUCGGUAAACUUUUUACAAGUCGUUUAAAGUUUAGAUGCCGCACCACAAUUUAAACCUUAAACAUCAUUAUGAUAAAAUAUCGUAAAUGAUGUUUAAAAACGAGUGUACCUAAGUAUAAAUAAUAAACUAUAGGUUUUAUUCUUUUUUACUUUUCCGUUGCGUCUUAAACCAAUUAAAAUGAAACUUACGAGCUAUAAAGAAUACCGUUGAUUUUUUUUGAGAACUAGAUACUCGAGUAUAAUAAUAAUAAUGUCUUAAAACUUUAUCAAAUAAGAUUAUCAAGAGUUUGAAAAGAAAAAAAAAAUUACUGUUUUAGUUAAACGGUUUUAAUUACGUUUUUAUUAUACAUUUACAUUUUGAAGUUUUUACGCAAGUUUUAUCAAAAGUACCAUUUUUUUUUUUUUUUAAAGGAAACUAAUUGUUAGAUGACGGUACUUUGAAUAUUUAUUAUCGCUCUCAAUCAACAGACUUUGUUUUAUAAAAUACAAUAAUUUCCUUGAAGAGACGUAAAAUUUCAAAAGUUUAGGAACUAUAACUAAUAUCGCUGGGUGUUUUCUUCAUCGGCAUCGUUUCUGAGUGUAAUUUGAUGCGUUGAGAGGGGGAGGACAAACUGGGGACAUGUACACCACGGGAUUUUCGUAAUACCUGUACAUUUUUUUUUCCCCGUAAUUAGUAAAUCCAAUUCAGUAAUGUACGGAUCUAAUAUUCUCGUACUUAUUUACUUAUAUAGCAUUUGACAUUUUGAAAAAUAAUUUAACUAAUAUCUACUCGUACCAUCAAGCGUCUUUUAAGGUGACUCAUGGAACAAAAAACGAAUUUUAGUAAAACCAAUAGCUUCUUUGUUAUACUUUCUUGUAGUCUAAAAUAAUCGUAAGUAUUUGUUACUAAUUAGUAAUCAAACUAUGUGUGUUAAGCCAAAUUCCUACGACCGGUAUACUUGCCAAAUGCACCAAUAAUAACAGCCGUUUCUCGGACUUGUGAAACGUUCACCGAUAAUCCCCGGGAAAUACACCAGUGACAAAUAAUUGUACAAGUACACCUUUCCCACUAUGUGACAAGUAUACUUACCGGUAUAUUACCAGACAAAUAUUUGGCAAGCAAUCCGGCUCACUACUACAUAAUAUUACGGUUAUCGGGCAUCAAUUAUCACGUAUCGUGUCAUGCACCGAGAUUGUGAAAAAUUCCAAAAAAUUAGUAUUAAAACUUAAUAAACCUGCUCCAUCCCCCGAGUACGACAAUAAGCAGUUAGAUACUAUACGCACAACAUUGAUGUACAAUAUUAUCUUCCUGUAUUUUCUUAUGAGAACGCCUCGGCUUUUAGAUUUGGUUUAUGGUUUUCAAAUUUUCAAACAUACGGUUUAAUAAUAAUAUCAAAUUGUGAUCAAUUUUUGAAACAUGAUUAAAUCUGUUUGAUAAACAAUGGCCGUGCAAACGUAAUAUAAUAAUAGAUGUAAUACAUCAUAUUGCUCAAUCGUCUCAAACAAUACAAACAAUGCAAUUAUUGUUUCCAAUGUUAAAAAAAAAAAAAAAACAUUUAGAAGUAAAUGCGUAUACGAAUUCGAAGUUGCGUAAUACUAUUUUUGUUCUGUACAGACGCAUUAUGAAAACAUUUCCUAAAAAAAAAAAAUGCUCGUAUAGUACUAGCCGCGUUACAAAAUCCAUAACGAUCGUUUGUUUUUCGCUUGUAUAUUAUUAUAUUGUAAUAAUGCAGUUCAACAAGUAAAAAUGUUUCUAAGCCAUAUUUAUCAAAACGCGAUUAUCCCGUUUUAAACAGUGAUGAUAAUAUUAUGUACGCGUUGAAUCGUCUCUAUUUGGUUUUCCUCACAAUCAUAAUAUUUCGUACUAUUUCGCGCACAACUAAUAGUACUGUACUGCACUGUAUUACAAACAUGUCGUGAGCGUUUUGCAUUUCGACGUAUCGGUUUGUCUGUACGCUAACAGCGCGUACGGUAGUUUAGCCGAAUCGAUCACAAACACGACAGCCCCGAUGAUUAAAUACAAAAUAUUAUGCAGGUACAUUGUGGUUGACACGAAAAAACAUUCUGUGUGGCAAAUUUACGAUUUUGACAUUUAAGUAUCGCCAAGUUUCGAAAAAAAUUUAAGCUAUAACAAUGUAAUAAUGAGUGUUGGUAUUUAUAGUUAGUAGAUCGCAAAAAUAAAAAAAAAAAUAAAACCUGUAAACAGUGGUGUAUAAAAAAAUCAUCUUCGCUGGUUAUUCCCGAACGCCCGAUGGUUAUGAAAGUCGCAAAAAUAAACGUCAAACGAAAAACACGACGUGCCUAAUAGACCGCGAAAAACGCCUACGGAGACUUUGGGUUUGUAAACGGCCCAGUGUUUCCGUAUUAUCGCGGAGGUCCAAAAAUACACGAAUUCGGUCUCGCGGGACGGCCGCGCCACGAAACGCAAAUAGGUAAUCGAAUAUGCGAACGGCGACUUAACGCGUUUAACUCGAUUAUAACACCGCACAGUAUUAGUACAUUUUAUUACGACAGCGUAUAAAUAUAUUGUGUUAUGUUAAAUCCCGUUUCGCGGAAUAGGUGAAGAUUGGUCGGAAUUUGAAAUUAUCCAAACGUUUGUGCAAACCGUUAAGAACGAUCCUAACUAAUGUUACAAAGGUAAAAAGUCUGUUUGUUACGUUUUCGCGGCUAAACAGCCGAACCGAUUUUGAUGGAUUUUUGGAUAGACGGGACUUGGAGAAAAACAUAGAUUACUGUUUGUCGCGAAAAUGAAACUCGAAGGCGAUGGAAUAAGGAAUGACCGGGUUUUUUUUUUUUUUUUUAGGUAUUUUUACCUUAGGAAAUUGAUUGUAUAUAUGUAAGCAAAGAUUAGCCGUUGUUGACGAAAAAACGAUUCUGAGUGGAGUAAAGUUAAUAGUGUUGCUUUGUCAACAAUAUAAUAUAUGUCAUAUUAUGGUAAAAUAAUUACAACAAUGGUUGUUCGAAAAAGUUUAAAUAAUAAAAACUUUUUGAUGAAAAAAAUUAAAUAAAAACAGUUGCCAAUGACAACCUUAUUUUUAAAUUUUCGAUCAUUUUAACUUAAAAAAAACCAGGUAUUCUUCAUUAUCUCGAAUAUUAUUGAGAAUUUCAAAAAAAUGACCUUUUUUUAAAGUACUACCCAAAAAAAAUUGCCUUUCAGAAAAAGUUCUAUGCUUGAUAAUCGGAGUAAGCUUUCUGAUAGAAAGUGUUCACAUGAAAAAAAAAAUAAACAUCUUUAGAAAACCAAUACAUUCGCUAAUGCUUCGCUAAACUCAGAAUCUAAAAUGUCAUAAUAACUAUAACAGUUCAAAAUAAUGAGUUUACUUCUGACUAGCUGCCGGUCUAUUAUUGGUUUGAAAUAGGAUGGGCUACCUUGGUAACACGGAAGAAAAAAAAACAAACAACUAUGGCGCUGUACUGGGUGGGUAAGUGAAAAAUGAAACGUACUAUCAUGUCCUCAUAAUUUUACCAUUGUUUUAGUGGAUAUAUAAUUUCAUCCCUUUUCUCUGCGAGUAUUUAUGGUAACACGGAUGCAAAAAUAUAUGCCGCGCUAGAACAUUUAAGUCCGCCUGGCUACCCAGCUACUUUUUUUUCGUUGAAUUUACUGAUACGGGUAAAUCAAAACGAUAAAAAGGUAAAAAUAAUAAAAACUGGGCACGGGCAACACUCGGCGCGAGAUAGCUAGUUUAAUAUAACGCUAACUGCAUAGCGCCACCAUGUCUGUGGUUAUUUUUUAUAAAAUUAAUCCAAUAAUUACGUAUACCGUACUAUAUAAAAAAAAGGAUUUUCCGCCCGACGGCAGUAUACUUUAUUUGAAACAUUUAUUAGGAUUCCCGAAAGUUUGUACCAGGAAAAAAAAAGCCGACUACAAAAGAUAACCAACCAAUUUCAAUUGAAAUCUACACAAUGCGCAGUGAUGAGAAAUUUCGAAUGUAUAGGAGUCCGACAACGUUUUGAAUCCGCGAGGUUUAAAUUUUAAUACAAUAUUCAAUUGGCGUAAAUUGGCCUGUGCAUAUUUAAAUUUUUGCACCGUCAGGCAUUUUGAAAAUUUGUUGAAGGAUAACUGCCAAUCAUUUUUGUUUUCAAAUAUAACAACUAUUUGGUAAGUAAAAAAAUUCGGAUUUUCGUUUAUCAUAUAAUAUUAUAACGGAACAGCGCUACUAUGUGUGACAGUGAGACACGUAUCAAGGAGUAGGACUCCAAGUCAAAUUGCAUUGAUGCACUGGCAUUUAUUGUCCCUUAAUAAGCUCACACAUUGAAUAGAAUAUUUAAUAACCAAUAGAGUUUAUAACCAUCAAGAAAUUCAAAAUCAAUUUCAGAUUUUUGUAAAAAAAAAUUGUUAAAAGUGGAAUUCAAUUGUUUAUUAGGCAGGGUUUUACCGAGAAGGUUCGAGUAUCGGUCGACUGGAAAAUUAAAUGUUUCACUAGAAAUUUAGACGGAUUUAAGUCACUGCGAGGCACUCACGAAUGAAUUUUAGACGGUUUUUUUUUUGUGAUGGGGGGAGAGGAGGGGUAGGUCACUAUAGUCAUAUAAAUAUUUGAGAAAACUACUCGAAUGAAUUCAGCCGGUCAAACGAGCUCCGCUCCGAAUAAUGGAUGGGUUUUCGUUUGUAACGACUUAUCGUUCAGUAACAAACCCUAUAAUACGAUACAAUAAUAACUGAAAAAAACCCCACACUACAUAGCGUUGUGUCCGAUAGACUAUACCUUCCCGAUUUCUCGACGCGCGGCCUAUACGCAUCGCGAUGCCGAGCAUAUCGUGUUCCGAUUUAUUGUUUUCUUUUAACCCCGGCGGGGUCGGGAGAAAAAUGUCAAGAAAAAAAUAAUAAAAAUACCGUCCGUUUACCGUAUAAAAAUAUUAACGACAGUAUGUAUUCUACGAUUCUACGUGCGCCGAUCGUAUGUGAACUAAAAAUAACGUAACGUCGUUAACCGAGAAAAUCGCUUUUUUUUCCGCUCCAUACGAUUCCGUUUUUUUAAACGACGACGGGCGCCCGGCAAUAACAAUAACGGCGGACAACCGGAAACAUUAAUAAUAUCGAAUACCGCGGGCAUCGUGUGCGGCAUCAAACGAACCGAAAACCCCAUUCGAAAACGGAUACGGACUGAUAUCGGGGCGCACUCGGACGCGGGCGCAUGCACAAAUAAUCACGACGACAAUGCGUUUGGUAUACAUGCGUAUAAAUACGAGAACCGAAAGAGCUGCUGUUGCUGCGACGGCGGCGGUUUACGCGCGAUUAAUCGAGAAUUCGAAUUUUUUUUUUUUUUUUCCGUUAUCGAUACGCUUUCGGACGGGUGAAUCUUGAACUCGACGUUUUUUCGACGGGAUUAUUGUCGACCCCGGACCACGGCGGCGUUUAUAAGGCCUUUAAUAAUACGACGCGGUUUUUUUUCGUUUUUGGAUUCCGAACUCCCGUAUUCGCUUACACGAUGUGAUUUUUUUUUUUUUUAAAUUUUUAGUUCGUGAACAACUUUUCGGCUAGAAAUCACGUUCCGAUCGAAAAAAAUCAAAAAAAAAAAAAGAGCGGUUUUCGUAGCAUUUUGGAUCAAUACGGGGCAUUAGAAAAUUGUUUUUUUUUUCCUUGCGAUUUUCCUGGCGAAUUGUGAAAAAACGUGUAGGGAAACAACGGACAAGUUUACAGCGGUAAAAGUUUCAUUAUUUUUGAUACCUUCGAUUUUGUUUUUUCUACCUAAAAUCUUCUUUCAAGUUUUUAGUGUAGCAUUCUUUUUGAAAGAAAAUCUGUUGGUGCACAAACAAUUUUUAUUUAAUUUUCCGUUCAUUUUUUUAAUAAAUUUUAAAACCAGGAAAAACGGGAAAAUUUUACUGUUCAUUAUUUUUGUUUUUUUUUUUUGUGUGUGUCGAUUGGAAAAAAGACCUGACAUUUUCAUUAAAAUACUCAUAUUGGGCUUUUAGUAACAUUUUCAAAACAUUCUACCGGUUUUCUGUAUGAUAAAAACGUUUACCGAAAUGUAUUCAUUUUUAAGUUUAAAUUUUCACGUUUAUUGUAAAAAUCGUGGCAUUUCGAAACACGUUCAACCGAAAUUCGCAAUUGUAUUUCACUAGCCAUGAUUUACUAUAAUGUACAAGUAUAAAUUGAAUACCUCUACGUUACCUACCUUAAAAAUUGCCUGUCUUAAAAAGUACCAUACCCAUCACCAGUAUCAGCUCAUUUUUUUUUUUGGUUUUCCCACUUAAUUAUCUUACAUAUACUUACCUUACCUUCGGUUCUUGUUUUAUGUACACGAAAACCGAGCCAUCUUUUUGUGUGUCCUGAUAUAUAUUGUUAGGCGAUAUCUCUGAUACAAGUAUCGUGAUUGCGUAUCCCCGAUACAGAUAUCUUAAAUGCGUCUUUUGGAUAGUUACAAUUGUAUCUUGUUUCUUAAUACUGCAGUUGUGAAGAGUAUCGAGUAUCAUGUAUGGCGAAAUUACAGAAACCGAGAUACCUAGAAACGGUAUUAUAUAGAUACUUGUUUUUGAAGUAUCUCGCACGUAAUAAACCAAAAGGGUGGGAGGUGGAGAAUUUAAGUAACCUUCCCCCACUCGCUUAUCGAAAAGUACAUUAAAAAUUGAAAGUGAAUGUACGAAAUUAGGGAUAAUAUUGUUGGCAUUCCAAAAACAUGUUUCAAAUAAACAACUAAUGCUUUUUUUUAUGAUAUUGCACGCGUGGACAAUUGCACACAUUUUAGUGUGCCAAGUAUUCAAUUUAAAUACCUGCAUAAAAUAUAAAUACCUACCUAUCGAUUAUUUUGUAUUACAAUACUAUCAUCACAAAAUUAUCUACUAUCUUGUUUCCAAGUUACUGAAAAUGAAUGAAUGGACGACCGAUAUAGAUAGUAACUAAUUUUGUAAUAUCUUGUUCAUUUUCGGUCCACGCGAUUACUCAUAAUGCGAUCAAGUCGUGUCCAUAGAUUUAUUGGUUUUCAAAUAUAACUCGAAUUUUCGUCUACGCGAUUCUCAAGUUCGUUGUAAUCGCUCGCAGGGAUGAUUUGUUCGAGUCGGCCGUAUGUUAAAAAGUAUAUAUUGAAGAUAUUCCAAUGGAAAUAAAAUUUCGAGGAGAUCGACCGAAGAAUAACACACAUUUGUCACGUUUGCCGUUCUUGUCACCUCCGCUUGACUGCAUAUGCGCACAUCGACAGUUUAAAUAUUAUACAAACGUGUUAUACGAUUGCACAACUUUAAUCGGUGACCGAGUAAAAAUCGUAAGGGUAUAGUAAUAGAAAAUCGGACAAAACGAACGUGUUGAAGGAAAAAACUUAAAUUAAAUAUCAAAAGAAAUUGUUUUUUUUUUUUUUAACAAAAGAUUUUAAAAUACCAUCAAUAGACAUGGCAACUGGGUAUACAAUUGGUUUUAUCGUCUGUAUUAAUAAAUACAUAUAUAAUGAGCAUUUGGUUUAUGCGAAUUAUUACGAUUCGGUGCAAUCUUAAAUUUUAAUUUUCCAGUCAUUUCUCUCACUCCAGACUUUUGAACUUCAACUUAAAGCCGACGAACCGUUUAAAUUUCAAAAAUUCCAGGUAGACGUGAGCAACGAAACAUUUUUUUUAUUUUUUAUUGAUAAACUUUAAAAUAAUUCAAUUUAAAACAACGGAAUUUACGAAAUAAGUUUGACAAACCAAACAGGCGAAAUUGAAUGUAUUUAUACACUUUUAAUAGCAAUAAAACGUAUAAAAUAAAUUUUUUCAAACGUGGGUAAAAUUUCUGUUAUCUAUAAGUUUGAAAACUGUUGAAAUUAAGAAGAAUAUAAGUCCCAUAACUCAAAAUUUUUAAAAUUACUAUUUGAAGUUAGCUGUUCCUAAAUCCACCACCGAAAAUAAUCUUAAUUAUAAAUAAAAAAACGACGUUGCAAUCUCACCUUAAUUUAAGGAUAACUUAACGUAAAGUAAAGCUUAGUUAAGACGAGUUUAAAUACGAAUUGUUGCAAAUGGGUCUUGUAUGGUACCUAAUUAAAUUCUAUUUAAAUACGCGAUACUCAGGGUACGAAUCUGUCUACGAAACGAUGUUAUCCGCACUAUAACGUAUAUAGACGUGCGUAAGUAUAUCGAGUAAACAUUUCGAGACUCGUGUUUUAGGCUCUGUACGUUUUUGGAGUAAAGCUAUUAAGAUUACUUUCGAAAUAAUGUCUAUUUGAUUAGCGCGACUACCGCGGUAUGUGCAGUUUGAAAACGUGACCGUUGAUUGUACGCGAAUCAAAAAUCACGCAUCCUACUGCCUACACAAUAAUAAUUCUGUUAUAAUCAUAAUAAUUUUCAAUUUCUUAUUGGCGGACAAACGUGACGCGCGUAAAUUUCAUUUACGGUGUAAUUUGACGGCUGAUAAAUAUAUUAUAUAGCCGGUAACAAUAUUAUUGAUAUUUGAUAUUAAACAAUUAUUCCGUCUGUCACACGUCGUAAAAUCUGUAAUACAUAUUACGCAGUAUAACCAAAAGCUUCUGUUGCUGCUGUAGGUGCCUAAAGUAAUCGAUCGAAUUUAUUAUCAAAGUUAUGAAUUGUUGUGUGUCCGUAUACCCUUCUAGUACAAUAGUAACAAAUUUAAUUAAAUGCGAUUUUGAAUCUAAACGAUUGCCGCGGUGUAUACGUAUCACGGGUGCAAUAAUAAUCAACCAUAUAGGGACUUUUUGAAAAAAAAAUUUUAAACGUAAAAAAACACGUGUCGAUUGUUAUUUUUCGCUCCCUACAUACUAAUCAAUUAAUUAAAAAUGUCCAAUUUAGUAAAACUAAUGGGUCUGUGCGCGACCGGAUUUUUUUCCAAAAUUAUGCUUUACGGGGAGGUUACGACAUAAUUGCCUCGUUAAGUAGUCAGAUUUCAAAUUUUGUUUUCAUUGAAAAGCCGAUUAAUUCUUACGGGGCUCAUUGAACAAGGAUCAUUAGAAUUAUAUUUCCAAACGCUAUAGUCUGUAUGUGUCUAAUUUUUACUAUUUUCUUGUCAACUUAUUUUUCCGUGAUUUUCGGUUACAUAAUCAAAUAUCAAAGUGCAUUACAUCUUAUAGAAAUGCGUCCUCUUUCCAACGAAAAUAAAAUAUCUAUCGAAAUCGCACGACUCUACGAGGCGGUAGAGUUAACCCUGUAACCGGUGUUUCGAGCGAAGAAAUAAUAUAUCGUGCGCAGACCUCUAAACAAACAAAUUUAAACCGAUUGAAUAUUUCGUUAAGAAUCAUUACGACUUUGUAAUAUUAAAUGUCGACAAUUUGUGAAACAACAAAGAGCAUGGCCCUUAGAGACGAACAUUUUAACGCGAUUGACCAACAAAUACGUUAUUGAAUCAAUACAAAUAUGGCUUAGUUUUCGAAAUGAAUACAGUUAAAGCAAAAUUUCAAAGUAUUUAGGGUUUCGUUUAAAUCUAAACUGGUUCGGAAAUAGAAACGAAUUAACCGAUAACGUUUUUAGACAAAUCAUCACACUGUAUAGCUAAUUAUUUUAAACGUUAAUUGCAUUCAUUUUUGUCAUGAAUUUUCACGAGAAUCCACAGACGUAUACAUGCAUCAUACCUAAUAAAGCUGUACUAUUUUCGCUCGAUUUCGUUUUCGGAUAUGAUUGGAAUUGAUGAUAUUGAUUUUAGAAUCUGAGUGUCGUGGAAAGCUUUACAAGUUUUUUGCCAAUAUGCGAUUUUCUUACUCGGAAAUUAUAUAUUUUCGGUUAGUAAAAAUGUUCCUUAUUGCGCGUACAUUAAAAGACGGUGAUAAUUUGCCGGGUGAUGCUUUAUGAUUUUCGUUGAAUUCCGUACGGCCAUCUCAACGGUUAUACGGGGAAAAUCCCGAAUUAUUACGUAACGUUGUCAGUUCAUAAAGCUCUGUUCCGGAUACGUUUUUUUAACUGCGACGAUCCACCGGUAUUUUCAGUAUGUGAACUAUAAAUAACUAUAUCGUGUCGGCGGCCUAUGCAUGGUGCACAGGACGCAUGCUCAGAUUUAUUAGACGAAACGUUUUAUUUCCACGAGACUACGACUCGUACAAAAGCUUCGCAAUUAAUGUCGAAACGCGUUUAAGAACUAUUCGAUCCGAUAUAUCGUAGGUACACCGUUUUCGGGCAAACGCCCCGAUAGAUGGAAUCGAAAUUUGAUUAAAAUAUUAAUACUGGUGUGUGGUUGAGUUGAAUUUCAUUUUCUCUCCCCGCAUAGUCGAUAGAACGCAACUGCGGUUUAUAUUUCGGUCUCUCUCACUCGUUCCCUCGUACGAUAAUCGAAGAGAAACAUUACAACAAUAACAACCCAACGUAACGGUAGACAAAGUGCAUUUUUACGGUCGUCGGUAUAAAAUGUUGAAUUUUAAACCGUAUAUGCACAUGCGCUGCUGCAGAUCAUUCGUUGUUGUGACUUGCGGUAAUAGGACACGCGUCUACCUCUAUGUAUAGAAUUCCGCAAAACGAGUUUUGUAAUUAUUUUGGCCCGAGAAUCUGUACACACUAUCCUGUGCAGUUACUUCGUUCUAUAUAUAUAUUUUUUUUUUUUUUCAUUAUUAUUCAUCCUCUUCAAACGGCCACCUCAGGUUGGGUUGCACGGAAUAAUAUAACCUAAAGGCUAAAACAUAAAUUUUUUUUUGAUUGAAAUCGCUUUUUACAUUAUCACUGUCAUUCAAUAGCCACAUGAAAUUUCAGCUCGCAAUAAAACACCGCAAUGUCCUUUUAUUGUAUACACGCAUACACAAAAAAAAAAAAAAAUUACCCGUCUAUAUUUAAAUAUGGUAGGUACAAACUACCAAUAAUCAUAAAGGCUGAUACCGCCGAUUGGCGCGUCACUAUUUACUAUACAUUUACGCGAUGAAAGACAAUUGCAUACAGAAAACGAUUCUGAGCUGAGUAUUUUUAAUCGUAUUUUUAACUGAGAUAAUCAUAGUAAAACAAAUACAUUUCUCGUUUCGCUCGUAAUCUGAAAACGAUUACGGGUAUAAUCCUAAACGAUGGACGAAUUAUUACAUAAUUUACCAUUCGUCUUCUGACGAUUUUGUCGACGUCCGCGCAGUGUAUUACUUUUUCUUUUUUUUUUUUUUUUUUAUACGCGGGUUACACGAAGAUAGGUAAUAAUAUUGUAAUCAUUUUAAGUAAAUGUAAUUUAUUUUCGUUAUUAUUUUCGUGCGACUCGGAAAACUAAUAAUUUUAUUUAUUAAAUUUUACACUAAAUGAUUAUAUUACGUAACCAAAGGAAUAAUAAAUAUAUAAUAAAUUAUCGUUUCAAAUCAUAAAGGACGCGCGUGCGGUAACAACUUCGCCAACUAGGUUAGGUUUAGCUUGGGUUAUUAGAUUAGGGAUAUAUAGGUUAUAGGUCAGGCUGUAUUUUUGUAGAAAUAUUGGAUUCGAUUCUCGGUAUAUUAUUUUAUACGGUUUUAUAACGUGAUAUUGAUUUUUUUUUUUUUUUUUUUGUAUACUCAAAUUUACAAUCAACAAUAUUAUAGUUUAUAGGGUACACUAUACGUAUUUAUUUUGUUUACGCGAAUGGCGCUUUAAUAACGUGCGUAAAACUAUUGUUCGUCACAAAUGCAACACGUUCGUGAAAUAAACCUAUCUUAAAGUAGUACAAGUACGGUUAAAAUGUGUUAAAAAAAGUGAUGACAUUUCACGAACUAAUUAUGACAUUAAACCGAAACUCCAAGCAAUCCAAACAAUCGGUAAAUUUUCUAGUUGAAUUUUCAACGGAAUAUAAUUUCGGUCGUAAUACGGUCCCGUUUUUAUUUAAUAUGAUUUUCUCCGGGCCGCUGCCAUUUACUCGAUUAAUCGUAUUUUAUUACGAAACACUAUAAAAACUACACGGUAAAUAAUAUAAUAUAAUUUAGGUACCUACCUAAGUACUUUUACGCUACGAAAUUAAAAAUUAAUUAACGUUUUGUAAAAAAGUUAUUAUUGAAUUAUCGCUCGAACUUUUCAGGAAACUCGAACACCGCCGAACACAGCGUUUCAUCAUGAUAUUGCUAUGUGUCAUUUGAAAAUUCCGAGAGUAUACUCGUACAGCCGUAUUUUAAUUGAUCACUAUAAUAAUUAUGAUAAUCGUUUCGAUAAAUUGGCUUUUAACGAGUGGAGAAUACAUAGUAGACGUAAUAACAAUAUGCAACUUGUAAAUAAAUUUAAUAUUGAUCAUUUUGUUUGUGAUGCAGUAAAUCCAUUUUACCUGUACAAUAGUAAUUAUUGAAUUAUCUGAUUUUUAAUAUUUGUAAAUUAUGCGUUCCGUGUACAUAUUGUAACUGGACUCGUUUAAAUUGUAAUAAAUAAAUAAUAUGUUUUUAAUAUUUCGGCCACGUAACUUUAAUUGAUUAUCAUGCUAACCGAUAAAUUACGACGUACAGGUACGCGCACCCAAGUAGGAAGACGGUAAAUUCUUCCGUAAGCAGUUUUGAGAUAUAGCCAGACAGUAUUAUCUGUAGAUAAUAUUCUUUUCCGGUUGAAAUUUUUGAUAUCUCAAUAAGAUAAUCUAAGAUGAAUAAAUAUUAAUUAUCUUUUUAGUAGUUGUCUAGAUAAAAAUAUACUUAAAAAAAAUUUUUACCUGCGGUGAAAACUAUUAUAAUUGUGUAAGUUUUACUUGUAUUUAAUAAUUCAAAGUGAUAUGCCACAAGAUAAGUCUAAAUGUCCUAGGUUGUCUUUUUUUUGUGAAAUUAUAAGAACGAAAUUGUUAUAAUUUAAUGUUAUCAGCGUUUUAAUUUCGAAUUUAUGUUAAAAUUUGGUAAAUAAACGAACUAUAUUGUAAUAUAUUUUACAGUUUUAAAUUCUUAUUAAAUUUUUAAUUGAAAUUUAUCGAAAAACGUUUAACUUUAACACUCGCUCAAAACUGUGUUGCAGAUAAACUCGAUGGUUGUUUAUGUACCUGUUUAUUUCAAUGUGACAAAUUAAUUUUUAGUACAAACCAAAAUAUUACGAUUCAUUUAAGAAUAAUUAGUAUCAAGAUUCAGAGCGAUUAAAAAUACUCUCGAGAAUGAUUGAUUAAUAAUAUACAGACUAGUGUAGUGUAGUGCGUGUUUAUUCGGUAUUUAUUGUUAUCUACGCAUUACCGAAAAUAAUUAAAAAGAUAAAAAAAAAAAACGGGCAAUCCAAAUCUUUUUUACAGGUUCUUGCGGACCCAAUCUCGGUCUCGGGCUUGCUCUAGGACACCCACGGUCUUGCUUUGUUUUACGAAACGGGCGAAUACGGCAUUCUCAACCGAGAUAUUAUUAUCCCGUGCUAUUCGGUAUCGAACGACCACUGUGCACGGUAACAUAUUUCCCCACCCCGCGUUUUCGUUAAUUAACUCGCCGUUUCCGUAGGCGACAACGCUUUCUAGUUUUUAUAUUAAAUAUGAUUCGUUGGGGGUCGGGGAGAUCACCAACUCUCUUGCGGCAGUGUUAAAAAGCGUCGGUUUUGGUUUCGGUCUUGGCCCUGCAGCGUCAGUCUUGUUCUUGAUAGCGCCGGCAUCCGAAACCGUCAGAACGGGGCAAUUUUCGUUCGUCGCUACGCUAUUGACAAAAUAUUUCGGUUUUAUAUUAGAUAUUAAGUAAAAAAAAAAAAAAAUCAAACGUAGCAUUUCGUUAUCUAGAUAGAUAUCGUUUAGAUGAUAUUUUAUGGACGGAUAACGCUUAACACGGCUAUAAUAAGUUUAUAAGUUAUAUGAGCAUUGAGUUUUGUUGUCGUUUUUGUUUCAGAACGCCUUGAACGCGGAAUACCACAGCGAUUCAGAUGUCAACUAA